UAUAUAUGGAUAAAGAGCAAAUGCUUCCCAGGAGAAGAGAAGGGAAGCAAGCUGUCAUCUUCGAUUCAGUUCCUUCUGAAUGGAGCGGAGCAGCUCGUUCGGGAUGUCGUGGGCGGAUCAGUGGGACUACAGCGAACCGAGCGCGGCCUCGCAGAAGAGCAACAGCAGCAGCAGCAACCUGAAGAAAGGCAUGGAGAAGACGAAGGCCGCGACGUCUACUGGCAUUAAGAAGGUGAAGGAAGGAACUAGCCAUGGCUUGCAGUGGAUCAAGGACAAGUACAGCAAGAAGACCCAGAAGCACUAAAGUUAAUUUGCCUGCAGCAUAGCUUAUACACAGAUUUCGUUUAGUUAUUAUCGUGCUUUAUUUCAUUCUUUUGACGUAAAAAGUAGUGAAAUGUUUAUGUAAAUGUAGGGAAUAUUUAUUCUACCAGCCUUGCAUUAUGCCUGCUUUUAUUUGCUUGCAUGACUCAUAUCUGCGAAAUUUUGCUGCUACCAACGGUGGAGAUCCUUUGAAUCAGAUUCGAAGAUUGCCCAUUAAAUUGGGCUUAGGUAUUGAUUCAAGUUAAUAAAACCUGCAAUUAACCCACGAAAUUUUUAUACAAUAUGGUGCCAAAUUCUACCCAUGAAAACCAAAAUCGCUUUCAUUUUCUUGAUUUAAUAAUUAAUAUAAUAUUCUCAUGUGCAAAGCACGUGCAACUACCUACUAAUAUCAUUCUUAACCCACACAAAUGAAGAUGGUAUGUAAUUAUUAUAUUCGUAAACUGCUAAUUAUAAGUAAUUUCGGACGGGGCGGGAAGAUUUGGAGACUAAACGGAUGGUGCUGUUUCCCUUUCCCGCCUCAGUACGAUUCAAUUGUUUCAAUCAAUCAACAGAUUUGAUUGGGUAAGUAUCGGUCCGUUUCAAUCUCGAUUGGGAUAGGCGAUCGUUGAGAUCAUCUUCCAUUGCAGUCGUUAGAACGUUACGAUGUGAACAUCGCUCGGUAUGUUUGUCAUAAAGUGUUCGUCGAGGUCGUUUCCACCACCGUUUGCAACAGAAGCCAGCUCAGAAAGUUCUCGCGGCAGAACCAGCGAUGCUCUCAAGAGCGAUGACGAAGGUUUCGCGUCUCGGGAAGCCACCGCCUUCCUCCUCCUCCUCCUCCUUGUUCCGUUUCGUCAAUGCCGUCGCUGUUGAUCCUCCGCUGCCGCUGUUUUACCACCGAACCCUUUCGACGAUCCAACUCCAUUCGUCGUCCGGUGAGCGCUUCUACCUUUCUUCUUUGUUGCCGGCCAUCUUCUUAAUGGGGGCGUUCGGCGCCGGAUCGGUGCAGACCACUUACGCCGACGGCGAUGAGGAUUACGAUCCCUAUGCUGCCACCGACUCCUGGUCGAGUUCCAAAACCGCGGAUAAAUUGGAUAGGGUAAAGUUGCAAUUGGAGGUGUUGCUGCAAAUCAGAGGAAUGGAGAAAGGAUCCUACCCGCCCUACACCCUUUCUGCAAGGGGUCAGCAGGUUAUCAUGAAGUUCAAAAUUCCUCCUACAUGUGAGUUAUCGCACAUAAUUAUGGAUCUUGUUAAGAACCUUGGUGACACGUCCAAGCAACUAGGUGGUGGUUCAAAAAUUCAUUUAUAUGCUUUUGACAGUGCAGCUGGAUGGCGAAUAGCUCUUAACCCUUCAGAAAAGAUUGGGGUUUCUGAUGCAACAAAUGAGGGUGGUCUUUCCAUACUGAUAAUAAGCUCUCUACAUGAGUCAGAUUUUUGUGUGAUUAAGUUCAUUAAACGGGGAAUGUAUAGUUUCAGAGAGCUUGAUGCCAUGGUUAGUGCAUUAAAAUUAGCUGGUGAGCAAGCUAAUAUAAAAAAAUCAUCAGGAAGCUACACAAAGGCAUAUAAGAGAGGUGAUAUUUAUCCUGAGAAAACAGUGUCUGCUUUAGAGACCAUGGGUGUGGUAGUAUAUGGACUUGACGAGACUUCGGGUAUCUCUUUGGAUGGUACAAUAUCCUGGGAGAACAUGGCAGGAUAUGAUGACCAAAAACGGGAAAUAGAAGAUACUAUACUAUUGGCACUUCAAAGCCCAGAAGUAUAUGAUGAAGUCGCCCGUGGUACCCGUUGUAAAUUUGAAACAAAUCGUCCUCGAGCUGUGCUUUUUGAAGGCCCUCCAGGAACUGGGAAAACUACUGCUGCUCGAGUAAUUGCUAAACAAGCAGGUGUUCCGUUGCUGUAUGUGCCUUUGGAAGUUAUAAUGUCAAAAUGUUAUGGUGAAAGUGAGCGUUUGUUAGCCAAAGUGUUCUCUCUUGCAAAUGAGCUUCCAUCUGGAGCAAUAAUUUUCCUUGAUGAGGUUGAUUCUUUUGCUGCUUCUCGAUGUAAUCGAAUGCACGAAGCUACCCGUAGAAUUUUGUCAGUGAUAUUGCGUCAGAUUGAUGGUUUUGAGAAAGAAAAACAAGUAAUUGUUAUAGCUGCAACAAAUAGAAAGAAAGACCUUGAUCCUGCUCUUAUUAGCCGCUUUGAUUCAAUGAUUUCAUUUUCCCUACCGGAUCAACAAACCCGUGAAGGAAUAGCUGCUCAAUAUGCAAAGCAUCUACUCAAGACAGAAAUAAUUCUAUUAGCCGCAGCUACGGAUGGAAUGUCUGGAAGAGAUAUUAGAGAUGUCUGUGAACAAACGGAACGACAUUGGGCAUCAAAGCUGAUAAGAGGCCAAGCACCAAACGAUGCUACUCGAAGAACAACGAAACUUCCUCCUAUCGAGGAGUAUAUUCAUAGUGCUGAGCAGCGGCGUGAAGCUUUGUUGUUGGAUAUUUCAGGGGGUGAUAAAUGCCCUAAAUCUUGUAUUUGAAAAAGUUUUUGUGGAUUAGUUAAUGAAGGUGGACAACAUCUCCUGUAGAGAGUUCAGAUAGAUUAUUGCAGUUUGAUCCUCAAAUAAACAUCUAAAUAAAGGGAACAUAAGAUUGACUUAAUGCAUCAUCAUGGAUAACUAAAUA